ACCUGAAAAGAAAAUAAAAACACAAACUUUCCUGAAAAGAUCAUUUCGUCGUUUAAGCGUAAGCAUCGAUUACUCCGACAAAGAUCAAAUCUUUUUUUGUUCCACAGCUUGUUGCCUUGUUAGUGAACAAGCCACUGAAGACACUCAUUACAAAUCUAAAGCCUUUAUUUUUGUUAAUAAUGGAGCAAUUGGUGGAAGCAAGGCUCGACGAGAUCCGCAGAGUAAUAGGCAAAGCCGACGACGACCCGUUAAAGAUCGUCGGCGUCGGAGCCGGCGCGUGGGGAAGCGUAUUCAUCGCAAUGCUACAAGAAAACUACGGAACAUUCAGAGAUAAAGUCAGUGUUCGAAUCUGGAGAAGAGGAGGGAGAGCCAUCGACAAAGCCACAGCUCAGCAUCUCUUCGAAGUGAUCAACUCGAGGGAGGAGCUUCUCAGGAGGCUGAUACGACGGUGCGCGUAUCUCAAGUACGUGGAAGCUAGGUUAGGCGAUAGAGUUCUGUAUGCAGACGAGAUAUUGAAAGAUGGGUUUUGUUUGAAUAUGAUUGAGAGUCCUUUGUGUCCUUUGAAAGUGGUGACGAAUCUGCAGGAGGCGGUUUGGGAUGCUGAUGUUGUUGUGAAUGGUUUGCCUUCGACCGAGACGUUUCAGGUGUUUAGUGAGAUUAGUAAGUAUUGGAAGGAGAGGGUUACGGCUCCUGUGAUUAUCUCUUUGGCUAAGGGAGUGGAAGCUGAGUUUGAGCCUCGUCCUAGGAUUGUUACUCCUACUCAAAUGAUCUACAGAGCGACUGGAAUCCCUCUUGAGAACAUUCUUUACCUUGGGGGACCUAACAUUGCUUCCGAGGUAUACAACAAAGAGUACGCUAAUGCACGGAUCUGCGGGUCCGAGAAAUGGAGGAAGCCUCUGGGGAAGUUUCUAAGGCAGUCUCAUUUCAUAGUGUGGGAUAACAGUGACCUUGUUACUCAUGAAGUAAUGGGUGGUUUGAAAAAUGUAUACGCCAUUGGCGCAGGAAUGGUGGAUACAUUAACAAAGGAAAGUGCUACGAGCAAAUCAGUGUACUUUGCGCAUUGUACUUCGGAGAUGAUUUUUAUUACUCAUCUAUUGGCCAAAGAGCCAGAGAAACUUGCUGGACCUUUGCUUGCGGAUACCUAUGUAACGUUGCUAAAAGGUCGUAAUGCGUGGUAUGGUCAGAAGCUCGCAAAAGGAGAACUUAACCUUGAAAUGGGUGAUAGCAUCAAAGGCAAGGGAAUGAUCCAGGGUGUUUCUGCGGUGAAAGCGUUUUUCGAGUUACUAAACCAAUCCUCGUUAAGUCUUCAACACCCUGAAGAAGGCAAACCUGUAACUCCUGCUGAGCUCUGUCCCAUCUUGAAGAUGCUCUACAGAAUUCUUAUAACAAGGGAGGUCUCAUGUGAGGCAGUUCUUGAAGCGCUGAGGGAUGAGACAAUGAAUGACCCACGUGAACUCAUCGAGAUUGCUCACAGCCAUCUCUUCUUCCAACCAUCUCUUCUUGGUCAGACACCUUGAGACUUGCGAACACUUUUCUUUGUUUGUAAGUUUCUCUGGUAGGCUUUGGUGCAGACUAGUUUGUAAUCUUGAAGAUUGAUAUAUAGUUGUAAGUUGUGUACUUUUCUAGUGAUGAACUCAGUCUCAGAUACCUUUUUGACUUUCUUUUUAUUGAGUCUUUGAAAUAGUUUUUUUUUAUACACGUAUUUAUACUU